AUGGGCGAGCGGCACACGGCAGGUCUGGACCACCAGCCCUGGAAGCUUGGAUGUCCUGAAGGCAGCAGGGGCACUGUUUCAGGGACCUUCAUACUGCGGGGCAGGGAUGGUGUCUGGAAAGACUACACCUCCAUCAGGGCCCACCACCUGAGGCUGAGUCAGGGGGGAGGGGGGAAGGAGGUUGUACAAGGGAGUGAAUGCCAGGAGGUGUUCUCCAUUGUGGUGUUCGGCUCCAUUGUGAACGAGGGCUACCUCAACAACAACUCGGGGGGCGAGAAGUUCUGCAUCUACAACCGCAACCCCAAUGCCUGCAGCUAUGGCGUGGCCGUGGGCGUGCUGGCCUUCCUCACCUGCCUGCUGUACCUGGCCCUGGACGUGUACUUCCCACAGAUCAGCAGCGUGAAGGACCGCAAGAAAGCUGUCCUGUCCGACAUCGGUGUCUCAGCCUUCUGGGCCUUUCUCUGGUUCGUGGGUUUCUGCUUCCUGGCCAACCAGUGGCAGGUGUCCAAGCCCAAGGACAACCCGAUGAAUGAAGGCACAGAUGCGGCACGGGCCGCCAUCACCUUCUCCUUCUUCUCCAUCUUCACGUGGGCCGGCCAGGCCGUGCUGGCCUUCCAGCGGUACCAGAUUGGCGCCGACUCGGCCCUCUUCUCCCAGGACUACAUGGACCCCAGCCAGGACUCCAGCACGCCUUACGCCCCCUACGUAGAGCCCAGCACCGGGCCGGACCCCGCUGGCAUGGGUGGCACCUACCAGCAGCCGGCCAACGCCUUUGACGCCGAGCCCCAGGGCUACCAGUCACAAGGCUACUGAGCUGCAGUGACCGCCUGCCCCUCGCCUGUCCCUGCCCCCGCCCCGGCUGCCCCAGCCCUUUCCCCCUGCCCUCUCUCAGACCUCCACCCCCACCCCGCUCCCUCCCAGGCUGCCCUGCCCAGUGCCUCAGCAGCUUCUGGGUCGUUCCACUGAAGUCCGGGGCUGCUCGGGGCGGGGCCAUAUGUGUGUGCGGGUCUGUCCGGCGGGGAUGGGGGUGUUCAAGUUCGUUCACUGUGUCCUCGAGGGUUCGUUGAGUGCCUGCUGUGUGUCAGGUGGACGCUAGUGCAAGAGAGAUGGUCCUGGAAAGAGGGAAGACGAGGGACAGAGGAGGCCUCGUUGGUACCAGAGGUGGGGGUGGGGCGAGAGAGAGAGAGCCGGAUGAUGCCUCCGGGGCGAGUGUGAGCUCAUGCAGGACACUGGGGGCUGUCACCUGCUGAGUGACAACAGCCCUACUACGGAUGUUGGAGCUGUGUCCAUUUCAUGGUUGAGGAAAAUGAGGCCUGGAGAAGCCAAAGUCACUUGCCCAGGGUCACUCGGCAGCCAGUGAGAGAGUUGGCGCCAAGCUCAGGCCACCUGACUGCGGAGCGCCUGCUGUCCCCUGUCCUCCCUGCCCUCCCCAUCCCCCAGCCUGGGGCUCCACCGCUCAGUGCUGUUGUCACACUCUAGGAGGCCCUGGGGACCUCCACCCGUGAAAUACCCUGAUUCUGCUGCAAGCCAGGGGCCUGUUCUGCCUGGCAGGCUGCCCCCAAGGUGGGACAGCCCUGUCUCUAGGCCCCUCUCCCCACAUCCCCACAUCCCCUGCUCUGGCCUCCUGUCAGGGUGGGAGGGCCCAGGGGGGCUUGCCUCACUCGCUUUUUUCCCCCCUGCACCACCCCCUGCUGUGCCUGCCCCCACUGGGAGCUCGGGUACCCUCUGUGUGGCCUGCCAAAGGACUACCCACUAUCCCUGCCCAGGGCCGGGUGGACAAGAAGGCCCAGAACGGGGUGUGAGUGGCCCAAGGUCACAGCGAGUAAGUGGCGGGCCUGGGCUUUGCUGCCUGGGGUUCUUGAUCCCAGCCAUCCAGCAGGUGCCCCGAUUCCCUGCCCUUGUGACCUCCCAGGAAACAGAACUGAUCUGGGACACUGUGUCAUCUUUCCCUCGUCCAGGGUUAGCCAGGGGCUCGGACUGGAAUUGCCAAGGACACAGAGGGUCCUUCCACUGGCCUUCCAAAAGGCCUGAUGAGAGGGCAAGGUGGGAGUCAGAGUAGAGAGAGCAGGGACUCUGGACCCAGCAAGGCCAGCCUUUGAGCUGCUGCCAUGGGCCAGCCAGUCCCAGGACGAACACCGAGAGCCCCUUGGUGCAUGGCGGGCCGGGGGUGGGGGUGGGGGGCAUGGCCUGUAGUGGAGAUGGAAGCAGGUGUCUCCAAGGGCACAAGGAGGGGUGGGGGCAGGGAGAGACUCCUGCACAGGUGGGCUCUUCACUGAUCCUUGAGAGGUGGGAGGCCUUACAGGAUAGAGGUGUGGGGAGACCUGGGGCCCAAUGUCCACUGAGCAGGGCAAGGGGGUUGUGGCUUGGCCCCGUGCUGGACACCUCCACCAGCGGCACCCCAUCCCCCCACAAGAAUCCUCAAAGGCAGGUGACACUCGCUCACUGGGCCAUUGACUCCAUGGUUAUACCAGGGACUCAGAAGGCAUGCAAGCUGGCAGUCCAGAGAUGGGCCCCAAACCUGCUGCCCUCCAGGGCGCCCCAGAGGGCAGUGUGCUGUGUGAGAGCUCGGGAAGGGGUGAGGCUCCUCUGGGAGGGGCCAGAGGAGGGGCAGGAGCAGCACUGCAGGGGGGGGGAGGGACAGGGAAUUCCCUAAGUAGGGAAGUAGCACUCCUGUCCCCACUUAACACAAGUGGAAACAGAGGCUCAGAGUGUGAAUGAGUUCGCUGUGGCUCGCAGACCUAAGGCACAGCCCUCUGCCGGGGCAGCCGUGGUGGCAGAGAAGCCCAGACGGACAGCUGAGCCACGGCUGGCUACUGCCAGCCCUGGGUUUCCACAUCUGGCGGAGGCGCUCCGUCUAUGGCGCCCCCGCUCCCAGUGGCCCGAGUGGGGACGGGAUGAGGUUUCGGUCUCUGCCAGGCCGAGCAGUGGAACCCGUGUGCCAGACCAGGUUUAUGGAACAGGUGAAAGUGUGGGUGGUUGAGGGUGUGUUUCUGGCAGAGUAAAAUUCUGUGCCCGCACAGGAGGCUGUGAGAGCCCCUCCCCCUCCCCCCUCCCCGCCAAGCACCUCCCCUGCUGAUGGACACUGGGAGACCCCGGAGCGCUGUCCAUCCGUUCUCCCCGGGCACCAACUGGCUCCUCGUGAUGCUGAGCUGGCGUGCAGGGAGCCACUUAAGUAAGCUUCAUCCGACCCCGGGGUGUUCCCUGUAGACCUCCCUGCCGCCCCAGACUGGGAAGGUUGACAGGACCCCUGCCAGGAGUGAGGGCCACUGAAGCAUCUCGCUUUGCAUUCCUCCCUCAACCUGGGGUAUAGCCCAGCUGUGAUCCCCCCCGCCCCCCCCCCUCAGGCUGGCUGUUGGUAGGGGCCAGGGACAGAGGGCGGGAUUCGGCUGAGACCCAGGGCUCCUGACUCUCCUGGGAGGUUGGUAGUGAUGUCCUGCCACUUCCCCUGGCUGAGGACUGCCUCCCAGGCCCCCCAGAACUGUAUUCCCAAACCAGGGGUGUACUCUUGCCUCCGUCUGCCUCUCCCUUGCUUCUAAGCCUUUUUGUUUAUUUUUGGAGAAGCCCCCUCCCCCAGCCUGACCUUGCCAAGUUUAAGCUUCCUGCUUCCACCAAGCACAAGAGAGCGCAGGAAAGCUGGGUUCCACGUACGUUUAGAGUUGCAAGCCGCCUUAGAGGUGGUAGAGCCAGCCGGGAGGACAGUGACUUGUCCAGAGUCACACACAGAGACAGAGCUGUGGGAUCUAGGUCUCUUGCCUCCGAGUUAACACUCAUCCUGCACAGUCACAGUCCGUCCGUCUAGGGGUGGCUUCUGGUACCUGGGGGUGUAACCAUUGCACUAAUUCCCCAGGGACUGGCAUCUGCUCCCUAUUUCAAUGUUCCCUGGUGAGUUUUGAUCUUCAAAGACUUGGGUGUCCCAGGCUUCCCCCAUGUAACCAAGAGCCCCCAUUUGUUACCCCUUGAGUGAUCCUCGACCUUGGCCCAAGACCCCUCUGAUUCUCUAAGGAGCAGGAAGAGGGACCACCCUUCCUAAGAGUUUGAGGAGGACGAUGGGCUGGUCCAGCCAUCUCCCAGCGCCUCCCCUUGAUGUGACACGCCCCCUCUCCCUCCCCUGGUGUCCACAGCCCUCAUCUGGGUGUCCCGGCCCUCCUGCAGCGUAACUGCCUGUGUAUAUUAUAAAUAUAUAUAUUUUCUAUAUAUAAGAUGUAUAAUAUAAGGCUCCACAAAUAUAUCUCUGUGUGUGUGCGUGUGUGCAGUGAAUGGCAGUCCCCAUCCUGGGCUCCCACUCUGGACUCCCCCCACCACCUGGUUAGGUCUCAAGAGUGAAUCCAGUGGCCCCAUGGCACCCUCCUUUAUGACAUCUGUCCAUUUGUGGUGAACCAAGUGAAGGUGGUGACUUCUGGUGACAUAGUAAUAAAGUGAAGACAAAAACCUACCGACGGA